GAGGUCUCUGGGUUGCUCUUUUCACUCAGUUAUUAAUUUACCAUGUAAAUAUUCUCGCCAGUUUUAUCACAGCUAUGCUUGCUAUGCCAUUUUUUGAUGUUGCCGGGCAAGUAGAGUUAGUUAAAAAGCUAACUAGCUCAACAGUUAGUUAGCAAGCUCUAGCACAUAGCUUAUAACCGAACUGAGGCUGAGAGAAAGUUCAUCUUAUUGUUGAUCAGUUAGCUUAGCCGGGAGAACUAACUAGUUGACCCCGUAGGACUGUAGUUGUCAUUCACCCAACCGACGAAAGAUGGUUUCGUGGAUUAUAUCGAGAGCUGUUGUCCUGGUGUUUGGCACACUCUACCCUGCCUAUUACUCUUACAAAGCAGUGAGGACUAAGAAUGUCAAAGAAUACGUGCGCUGGAUGAUGUACUGGAUAGUCUUUGCCCUAUACACGGUGGUGGAAACCAUCACAGACCUGUCUUUGUCAUGGUUUCCAUUAUACUAUGAACUGAAGGUAGCCUUUGUCAUCUGGCUGCUGUCUCCGUAUACCAGAGGAGCAAGCCUCAUAUACCGGAAGUUUCUGCAUCCACUUCUGGCUUCCAGGGAAAGGGAAAUAGAUGACUACAUUGUCCAGGCCAAGGAGAGGAGCUAUGAGACGAUGGUGAACUUUGGACGUCAAGGCCUGAGCAUUGCCGCCACCGCCGCUGUCUCUGCCGCAGUCAAGGGUCAGGGUGCCAUCAGCGAACGCCUGAGGAGUUUCAGCAUGCAUGACCUAUCACAAAUCUCGUCCGACCAGCCAGCCAAUCAGCAGCACCCGGGGUUUGUUCGACGGCCAAUUCACUCUGGCCCAGGCUCCAGCACAGAAACUGAGUACUACACAUAUGGACAGGAAGGGGAGGAGCAUGGUGAUGAAGCUGAUGGCACCUUCUCAGAGGACGAGGCAUCUGUGCAGCGUGGCCUCAGAAGGUCACAGAGUGUUAAGAUCACUCGCUCCAAAGCUGCACGCAAAGAGCCCCGGUAUGGCUCCCUGAAAAUCAAAACUAGGAGACGACCAGGACUCAGCUCAAGCACAUAUGAGAUGCCCUGAAUCUUUAAGCCUUCUAUCGACCACCGCAUUGCCACAGACACAGACUAUCAGCCAAUGAGCCCUGGAAUCAGAGCAUGAGUGACACCUCCAUGAGCCAAUCCAAAUUGUACCUGGCUGGAACUGUGAUUUGUUUGGUUAACAGAGUUCUGUCCCUGCCUUCCUUUUUAAUCUUUUGUCUCUACCUGUACAAGAUACAGUGUGAAUGUCUCUAAUCCAUUUGAAGACUUUAAAAUGACUGACUUAAUGAAAUGGGAAAAUGAAUCGGAAAGGUUUUUAUGAAUUAUGAAUAACUUUCUUUUAGCUUUAACACUAAGAAAAGGACUGCUGAACGGCUUAAUCCUGCAUUAAUGAAGUGUGUGUAUAUGUGUAUGACAAUGAGAGAGGAUGAAGGGUUUUAUUGCUCCCUGAAUGUUUACACUUAUUUCCUAGAUUGACUCAUUUGAAGCAUUGCUGCCUCGUCAUCUUAUAUCUGCGCAUCCAAAUACAUUGUAAAAGUUCCUCUGGACAGUAUUUCCAAAUGACUUUUAAGUUGAUGUCCAAAAACAUUUAUAAAGUUUGUCUUUCAGUUUUAGCUUUGUAUUUACCAUUUUGUGUCAUUGUCAUUUCUGUCCUUUAUUUCAACUUAAUUGUAUUUUUCAAGUGAAUGGUGUAAACUGUCGAGUUUAUAGCCAUUUAUAGUUUUUAACUAAUUAAUACACUAGGUGACUAAACACAUGAGAUACACUACAUAAACAAAUAUGCCUUUGUGCCUUUUAUUGACAUAUAGGAAUUUUGGCAUUUUUGACAAAGAAGGAAAGACUGUGUGUUACAUGUAGGUGUUGGCUACAGUGUGUUAUUUUGUCCUUGUGCAGAAGAAUUGGAAACUUUGCACAUGUGCUUAUAAUAGUCUGUGAUUGUCUGUCUGUUUUGAUAGUUUGUCAUCAUUUGAAACAGGUCUGUCGAAGAGAGAACUCGUAUGUUCACUGUAACCAAAGUUAUGUCCAAGUGUCUUAAAAUCCUGGAUCAAACUAGGACUUAUGAAAAUAUGUUUGAGAGUUGCUUUGUGG